AUGGCUGAAGCCGAUGCGGUGAAUCGCUUUUGCCAGAAGAAGUCGACGCAAUUUGAGGUCUCCUUUUCUCCGGCGUCCACGGGCUUCUCAUGCACAUUCGGCAUCCCAGGUGUGCAGAAAGUGUGCCAUGCAGCGGGUUCCAGUAAGAAAAACGCCCAAGCGGCGGCGCUGAAGCAGAUGUACGACUUCCUCUCCAGAAGUGGGAUGUUGGAUCAAGUGUUGGCGGAUGGCCCUGCAACGAAAAAGCGCAAAGUGGCGGAAAAGAGCCCAGUGCUUGACCAAGCCGCCGCGUAUGAGCCGUGGUCGCCCCCGGUCAUCCCCGCGCGCGGGAUGAUCCCCCGAGGGACGGUGCCUCCCAGGGCCGGCCUUGCGGCCGGCCUGGCGGCGGGCCCGGCACCGCUGCGGCCGGGGGCAGUGCCGGGGACAUCUGGAACCGCUUCCGUGAAACCGGCAGCACCGCAGUCGCCCGCCGCCCCAGUGGAGGACGACGCUGGCAACUUCACUUUGGCCAUUGCGCGGGGGCAUCUGAACGAGCACCUGAAGAAGUGGGGCCAGCGCACCGACAUCAAGGUGGUGGCGGAUGGCCCCUCGCAUGCGCCGACCUUCAAAGCCAUGCUGUCAUUUCAGGUCAAAGGUCAGCGUUUCAACGAAAUGCAUCAUGCCGGCAGCAAGAAGCAAGCGACCAAUGAACUGGCCCUGAAGGUGUGCCGGAAGCUCUUCGCCAGGGGCCUGCUGCCAAAGUACAAGAGGAACUCCACCAAGGGAACGUUCUUCGAUAACUUGAAGGACAGCCAGUACUUCGAGAGUUCCUCCUUUGGCGUGGGACUGCCGCCACAUCUCAAGGAGAGGUUGCGCAACUAUUUGGAACAACAUAGCUAUGAGGUUCAUCAUGAUGUGAGCGUUCCUCCGGGCACAGUGCUGUGGGAGGCCAGCAUGCCCGAAGAGGACGACCAGGAGGUGGGUUCCAUUGCGGCGCUGCCGUGGUCCUCGCCGGAGGAAGGACCUUCUCCUUGGCCUGAGCCAAAGGGCGAAGCCCUGCCCGACACCUUCGCCGCAGCCAUCGGGGCAGAGGCCAGUGCCAACUUACCCAUUGCCAGCAAGUUCCAGGAAAUUAUCGACACAGUGGCCGAGAACCAGGUGUCCAUCAUCCAAGGCUCCACCGGCUCGGGAAAGACCACGCAGGUGCCGCAGUACAUCCUGGACUCGCAGGAUGGCCAUUCCAAGACCAUUGUGGUGACCCAACCGCGGCGCCUAGCGGCCAUCACGGUGGCGAUCACCCAGCGAUUUUCCAACGGGGCGCUGGUCGCAAAGAUUGGUGACAAGGCAGCGGGGCAAUCUGCCCUGGAAUCUUUGGCCAAGAUUGCUGAGGAGAAGGGCCGCCCUGCCGAACCCUUCCUGGUCUCGGCUUUCCCCAAGAUUUUGGAGGCCUCCAAUGACAAGUCCAAGAACGUGAAGGAUGCUGCGGUGGCGACCAGUAAGACCAUCAUGGGCAUGGUCUCCCCCUUCGCGGUGGAGAUGCUGCUGCCGGCCUUCCUCAACGGCCUGGCUGUGAAGGCCAAGCCGCCGCAGAAGGAGGCCACUCUGCAGAUCAUCUCAGCUUUGGCGGCCAAGGCGCCGCGAGCCGUGGGAUAUCUGCUAGUGAACCUGGUGAGUCCCGUGGCGGACCUGACCUGCGACAUCAAAAAGGAGGUGAAGCAGGCAGCCCUGGAAUGCAUGACGGCCAUCUGCAACUGCACCGGCAACAAGGACCUGGAGCCAUUCCUUCCGGCCGUGGUGGACGCUGCCUCCUCCAUCGACAAGACCCACAACUGUGUGGAGAAGUUGGCUGGCUGCAUCUUCGUGCAGAACGUCGAGGCCCCUGCGUUGGCGGUGACCAUUCCAGUGCUGACCCGUGGUUUGAACGACAAGAACGAGGAGGUGAAGCGCACCUGCUGUCAGAUCGUGGACAACAUGUGCAAGUUGGUGGAAGACCCAGCAGAGGUGCUUCCCUUGAUGCCCAAGUUGGAGCCCUUGGUAAAGAACGCAACGCAGAAGAUCUCGGACCCCGAGGCGCGCGGCGUGGCCGAGAAGGCCUACAAGACCCUGCAGAAGGCCGCGGGCGAAGGCGCCCAGUCGCUGCAGCAGGUGACUGCCGAGGCGGCCAAGAAGCAGGUGGAGGAAGCUCUGGGUGGCUCCAUGGGCUCUGGCGACGUCUUCGAGGCCGAGCUGCAGCACGUGGCGGCGCUGGCGGCGUGCGCGGCCAACAUGCGCGUCUUCGACGAGGGCAAGUGGAAGUCGGAUGUGGGCUACCUGGCGCCUUUCGACAGCGUCACCGAGCAGCUGCGCGCCAAGAUGGAGGUCGCGGCCAAGCCCAAGGAGGAAGUCGAGGAGGAGGACACGGAGGGUGUGGACCUUUACAAAGGAGCUUUCUCCUUGGCCUAUGGAACCUUGACCCUCUUGCGCGAUGCCAAGAUGCACCUGAAGAGGAACCGUUUCUACGGCUUGUUGGGCCCCAACCAGUGCGGCAAGACCACCUUGAUGCGCGCCAUUGCCAACGAGCAGCUGGAGGGCUUCCCCAAGCGCGACGAGUUGAAGUCUGUCUUCGUGGAGCACGAGAUCGAGGACGAGGAGGUGGGUGUGCAAGACGAUGGCUUCCCCAUCUUGUCAGUGGACAAGCCAGGUUGGUGGUGGGUGGUUCACACCUGCAACGACAUCUACAAGUUGGAGCCUCCUGUGAAGGAAGACACUGUGAAGGAACUGAUGAAGUCCAUCGGUUUCGGCUACCCCGGCGGCCCGGACCGCGCGGCCAACCUGGAACUGCCGGUGACCAGCUACUCGGGAGGCUGGAAGAUGAAGAUGCAGCUCUGUGCUGCCCAGUUGAUGAACGCCGACGUCUUGAUGUUGGAUGAGCCCACGGGUCACUUGGACGUGGACAACAUCAAGUGGUUGGAGGAUUGGUUGGAAUCCUUCUCUGGAUCCAUCAUUUGCACCAGUCACUUCAGCCCCUUCCUGGACAAGAUGUGCACUCACAUCAUUGACUUCCAGGACCGCAAGUUGAAGACCUUCAAGGGCGUGAAGGGCACCUGCCUCACGCAGUUCGUCGAGAAGUACCCGGAGAAGAAGGCCUACUUUGAGAUCAGCAACGAGACCAUGAAGUUCGUGUUCCCGGAGCCUGGACCUUUGGAGGGUGUGAAGAGCCGAAGUAAGGUGAUUCUGCGCAUGAACAACGUGAGCUUCACCUACCCCACCAAGGACAAGCCGACCAUCAUGGACGUCAGCCUCACCGUGUCGCAGGUGAGCCGUGUGGCGGUGAUCGGCGCCAACGGUGCGGGGAAGUCCACCGCCAUCAAGGUGUUGGUGGGAGAACAGCUGCCAACGGAAGGUUCCAUUUGGAAGGCCCAGGGCUUGCGAUUGGCAUACGUGGCUCAACACGCUUUCCAUCACUUGGAGAAGCACAUGCAGGAGACCCCGACGGCUUACAUCAUGUGGCGCUUCGCCGGCAACGAUGACCGAGAGUCCCUCGAGUUCAAGACCGAUGAGCUGUCCGUGGACGAAGAGAAGGCCCGUUCUCAGAAGUGGUGCAUUGACAGCGUGACGGGCAACGUGCGUCGCUGCACCGACCCCAAGGAAGAUGCCAAGAAGGCCAAGCAGGAUGAGGCCGGUGCAGUGAUCCCGGAUGCCAUUGUGAACCGCCGUCAGAAGAAGAAGGAGAAGACCUUCGAGUACGAGGUCAAGUGGCAGUUCAAGAGCAUGGACUCCAACACCUGGGUGGAGAAGGACACCUUGGUGAAGAUGGGCUACCUGAAGCUGGUGCAGCGCGAGGAUGAACGUCAGGCCGCGAUGGCUGGUCUGAUGACCAAGCAGCUGACGCAGCCAGGUGUUGAGAAGCACUUGGCGGAUUUCGGUGUUGAUGCUGAGAGUGCCAGCCACACGCAGAUCAACCAGCUUUCCGGAGGAAUGAAGGUGAAGGUGGUCCUGGCUGCGGCCAUGUGGCAGAACCCCCACGUGCUGAUCUUGGAUGAGCCCACCAACUACCUGGACCGCGAAGGUCUGGGAGCUUUGAUCCUGGCCAUCAAGGACUACAAGGGCGGUGUGCUCAUUAUCUCCCACAACAAGGAGUUCUGCGACAACGUGGCCACCGAGAAGUGGAUUAUGCAAGGCGGUCGCCUGCGUAUCGAAGGCGAGUCCGUUGACACCUCCAAGGACGAUGCCAGUGGUGCACAGGGACCCGAUGAGGUCUUUGAUGGCGCGGGAAAUAAGAUCGAGGUGAAGAAGAGCGUCACCAUGACCGAGAAGGACAAGAAGAAGGCCAUCAAGGACAUUGAGAAGAAGAUCAAGGAUGGCAAGAAGAAGCAGACCCUGACCGACGAAGAGGUCUGGGAAUUGGAGGACAAACUCAACGAGCUCAAGGAAAGCCUGAAGGGCAAGGAGUGA